AUGUGCGGUAUCGCAGCCACCGGUAAUCCCUACGACAAGUUACUGAAGGACAUAGAAAUCAAUGGCAAAACAUACAAGUACUAUGAUCUGAGUGCAUUAGGAAGUAAAUAUGAUCGUUUGCCGUUCUGCAUCAGGGUGCUCCUCGAGUCCUGUGUACGUAAUUGCGACAACUUCCAAGUCCUGGAGAAGGACGUUAACAAUGUUUUGGACUGGGAGACCAACCAGACGGCGGAGGGUGGAGUUGAGAUUGCAUUCAAGCCUGCUAGAGUAAUACUUCAGGACUUAACCGGAGUCCCCGCUGUGGUCGAUUUCGCAGCAAUGAGGGAGGCGAUGAAGGGGCUAGGUGGAAAUCCCCACAAAAUCAACCCCAUAUGCCCAGCGGACUUAGUUAUUGACCAUUCGGUUCAAGUGGAUUUUUCUAGAUCGCCGGAAGCUUUAAAUAAAAAUCAAGAUCUGGAAUUCGUGAGAAAUAAAGAGCGGUUUCAGUUUUUAAAGUGGGGUGCCCAAGCGUUUGACAAUAUGCUGAUUGUUCCACCCGGCUCCGGUAUUGUACAUCAAGUAAACUUGGAGUAUCUGGCCCGAGUCGUGUUCACCAACGACAUCCUUCACCCUGACUCCGUAGUGGGGACAGACAGUCACACAACAAUGAUCAACGGGCUGGGAGUGGUUGGAUGGGGUGUUGGUGGUGAGUUUUAG